CCGCCUCCCCUGACCUUCCUUCGGUCCAGGGCCUCAGUGCUCGGUGUCCCCGCUGGCUAGUCAGCGGGCCCCAGCCCCUGUCUUCCCGACACUCCGCCCUACUGCCCGCAGGCAGGCAGGAGGAUGACGGAGCUGCAGUCAGCGCUGCUCCUGAGAAGACAGCUGACAGAGCUCAACAAAAACCCUGUAGAAGGCUUCUCGGCGGGAUUAAUAGACGGCAAUGAUCUCUACCGAUGGGAGGUGCUCAUCAUUGGUCCUCCAGACACCCUUUACGAAGGUGGCGUUUUCAAAGCUCAUCUCACUUUCCCCAAAGAUUAUCCACUGCGACCUCCAGAAAUGAAAUUCAUCACCGAAAUCUGGCACCCAAAUGUUGACAAAAACGGGGACGUGUGCAUUUCCAUUCUUCACGAACCGGGAGAGGACAAAUAUGGCUAUGAAAAACCCGAAGAACGCUGGCUGCCCAUUCACACCGUGGAAACCAUCAUGAUCAGUGUCAUUUCUAUGUUGGCAGAUCCUAACGGAGACUCGCCAGCCAAUGUAGACGCUGCCAAAGAAUGGAGGGAAGACCGAAAUGGAGAAUUCAAAAGGAAAGUUGCCCGCUGCGUAAGAAGAAGCCAGGAAACUGCUUUUGAGUGACGUUUGCUUAGCCACCAGUAGCUUCGCUGUUUAGGGUCUCCAGCUGAGAAAUACUAUUCUCAUCUAUUGCUGGACUAUUGUAGCAACAUGCCAUACACUGGCAGAGACUUGGCUGCUGUGAAACGUGCCAGUUAUCGAUGCUUACAAGAGACUAACAAAUACCAACUUAAGGACGAUUACAUAUUCUAAUUAAUUCUAAUGAACUGCUUUAACCUUCAUGAAGAAUUGUUUUAAAAAAAAAAAUGUACAUUGAUACUGUUCAUGUACAUCCUGAAUACAUAAUGUACCAAAUGGUGCUUCUUGUAGUUAGGAUAAAACUGUACAUUCUAAAGAUUUUAGCAGGUUUUCUUUCCCUCUCCCUAUUGUUUCUAUAUCAGUUUAAAGAGACUCUUAAAGCAUGUCAGAUAUAAACCAAUUAGGAUUAAAGUUGUCCAUUUAAUUUUCCUUUAAACCAUUGACGCUUCAUUAAAAUCUUUCAUUUACUAGAA